AUGAAUACAUCAACUUUCGGCGGAAACAACAUCAACUUCAAGUCAUGGCAAGAAAAUGUUAUGAUAGUUCUCGGAGUCAUGGAUCUCAACCUUACGUUAAUGCUUCCUUCUCCUACACCUCUUACGGACAAAAGUUGUACUGAUGAGAAAAGGGACAUGAAGAGGUGGGAGAAGUCAAAUCUCAUAUGUAUAAUGAUCAUGAAGAGGGCAUUUCCAGAAGCAUUCAAGGGUACUAUGUCUAAGAAGAUAACUACUGCCAAAGAGUUCCUUGAGGACAUUGAGAAAAAAUUUGCUAAGAAUAAAAAGGCUGAAACUAGUACACUUUUGACAAAUCUUAUCUCAAUGAGAUACAAGGGCAAAUGGAACAUUAGAGAGUACAUCAUGAAGAUGUCUCAUAUUACUUCAAAGCUGCAAGCACUUAAACUUGAACUCUCUGAGGACUUGCUUUUACUUCAUAUCAUGAAACCUUGCAAUUAA